GCUUCCCACUUAAAAUGGUGAAAAGCAUCCAUCCAUAAAACUACGUGAGAUGAAUAUGAAUUAUCUCUAAGGCGCGGCCUAUAUAGUGGAUACGCAGAUCCAACGUAUACCGUUCUACUUCUGCUUCUUUUCAAAACCCUCCCCAGAAACCCAAUCAAGAAGCCGGAACAAGAUUUCCAGAACAAUGCCUCCUCGCGCAUCCAAGAGAAAAGCUAAUCCAACCAAAUCCGUCCCUGCCAAGGCUCCUAAAGUUGAUUCUGUUCGCUCCGCCUCAAGCAAAGGGAAAGCCGCAUCAAAAGCGACAGAAUGCAUAGAUAACCUUUUCAGUUUGUAUGCUAACAAAUCAUUGGGUAUAAUUGAUCCAGAUGGUGUUGAGGCAUUAUGCGCUGAUCUAGAAGUAGAUCAUACUGAUGUGAGGAUUUUGAUGCUGGCUUGGAAAAUGAAAGCGAACAAACAGGGAUAUUUCACUCAGGAUGAAUGGCAAUUAGGCUUGAAAUCUCUUCAGGUUGAUUCCCUUACAAAAUUAAAGAAAGCACUCCCAAAGUUGGAGGCAGAGGUCAUGAUGCCUGCUAAUUUUGAGGACUUUUACACUUUUGCAUUCCGCUACUGCCUAACAGAGGACAAACAAAAAUGCUUAGACAUUGAUAGCAUAUGUGUACUGGUAGAUCUUGUUCUGGGAUCACAAUUCCGGGCUCAAGUUAACUCAUUCACUGAAUAUCUUAAGAGUCAAGGUGAUUAUAAGGUACUCAAUUUGGAUCAGUGGACAAAUUUUCUUCGGUUUUGCCAAGAGAUAAGCUUCCCGGACCUUGAAGACUAUGAUGCAAGCCAAGCAUGGCCAGUUAUUCUUGACAAUUUUGUAGACUGGGUGAAAGAAAAUAGAAGUUAAGUGCAUCUUGAAACCAUCUCUCGUAAUAGCUACCAAGACUUUGGAGUUCAUUGCAGCCAUUUUAUGUGUCAAAAGGCGUUUGUGCUUGCUGAGAUUUUCCGAACAUCAUCAACUGAAGUACCCUGCCGCCUUGUGACAAUUAUCAUUCUACUCAGAAUAUGAAGCUUUACAUUGUUUUGACAGGAAUGACAUUAUCCUUAGUUUGAGCUAGUUACUCAUACAAAAUAUUUUGAAUUAAACAAAAAGAACACUGAUGCUAUGGGAUGAUGAAUGAAUAUGAAGCUUUACGUUGUUUUGACAGGAAUGACAUUAUCCUUAGUUUGAGCUAGUUACUCAUACAAAAUAUUUUGAAUUAAACAAAAAGAACACUGAUGCUAUGGGAUGAUGAAUGUGUAUUGAGGUUGCAUGCAUAAUUUCA